GCUGGUGUGUAACGGUACACGUUACGCCCUGAACACCCAAAUGAAGCGAGCAGGAGGCGCGGAGAGGACUGAUUGAAUGGCACAUUUCAGCCGCGAAGCACUUCUUUCCUUUUCUUAAUCAUGCCUAAUCGGAAUAAAUCGGAGUGAUGCUUUUGGCCGUGCUCGUGAGCACUUUUCAGAGACUCAUCAUGAGAACUCAUCAAGGGAACUCUUGGCAUCCGGUUUCGAAUUGUAGCCGAAACAAAUCUUUAGAGGAAAGAAAUUAGUUACAUUUGUAGUUAUAGUCACACGGGGAAAGAUGGGAUUUUGUAACUUUUAAGGAAGUUUUUAAGGAGCUCGCCUCGCGCGCACGCGCGCGCGCAUGAGAGAGAGUGUGAGACAGAGAGAGAGAGAGAGAGAGAGAGAGAGAGAAAGAAAGCGGUCGCUACGGGCGACAGGAGCGCGACUGAAAUUCGGCGAUGCCGUCUCUGCAUCAUGCCGCCGUGUUCAUUGGCGUCUUCCUCAUCGUCACCGGCGGCUCGACCGCUUUCCUCACGUCUAGCCAGAGCAGACUGCAGGCGUUCAGCCUGUGCUGCGUGGUGUUAGGCGCAGUCAUGCUCAUCCUUGGCCUCUUUUGGGCCAUGAACAGCAAGAGCCGUCAGGGCUCCUACACUAACGAAUGCACGCACGACUACGGGCACGUGCUAUUCAGCCCGCCGCCCGGGAGCCACUUCCCGGAGUCUCAGUCCAUCUUCUUGCACAGAACUUUGGAAAGGCAGAGACGAGGGCUGUACGGGGACGAUUUCGACUACCCUCCCAUGGAGCCGACAUGUUUCAGCCCAGCUGCUCGUGCGCCGCCCCCCCACUGGGAGAUGGAACCUCCACCUCCAUACGAGGUGGCCAUCAAAACUACAUGCAGCUCUACGAACAUGCGACGAAGCUACUCGGACACGCUGUUGCCCACUGAGCCGCUUUUCAGUCGCUCCCGUGAGAUCAGCUUUGAAGUGUAAGGCUUGCGCUGUCAAUGAGCCGUUACGCUGCACGCAUUUCCUGCAGCCAGCAAACAGCAUGGAGCAUGGCUCGUCCAGGGAACCCACAUUCCGAAGGUGCUUCAGAAACCCUUAGUAUCAAAGCUUCUUCUUUUUCUCCGUUCACAACAGGUUUCAAAUAUGGUCAAAGGAGAAAGUAUGUAAUGUUACGAAAUGGUAACGUUCCAAGGAGUUAUUAUCUGCUGUUUCCUCCUGGGAGGUGUGUUCAUUUGUAAUUAUACUCUGAAGGAAGACUGAUUGUAUUUUUGCAACUGCCAGUGUUGAAAAAUUGAGAAAAAUCUCCAUGUAGCGACUCUUUUUUUCUCUCCAUAUACAGUAGGACACUGACAUUACACAAAUGAUUGACUAUAUACUACAAACGUGUACUUCUACCCCUUUACAAAUUCCCCCUGAGCAUGAAUCACAAUCACUUCUUAACUGUGUUUAGUGCACACAUGAGAUUUGGUGACACCACUGGCUGCGUGUGAAGGUCACAAUUCGCAGCUCCUGGAUUCAUGGGUAUGUCCAUAAAGUCACUUGCACAAUCUGAACUCAUCAACGCAGGCACCAGCUCAUGAGAAGUAAACAGAGAAAAGGCCUGGCCAUAUAUGCAAAGCUACUAUUUGCUCCUGUGUGCAUGGUGAUUUGAGAAGGAAAAGACAGACAUUUGCAGAAUUGUAGGAAGUGAUACCAGAAAAAUAUUUCUCUACCAAAAGCACAUCUACUGUACGGUAGCCAUAGUGAAUUUUAACCGCUGAAAGCUUUCAAUCAGCUUACUCCUGCUUGUUGCAUUGUGCACUGACUGCUAACAUGGUGGCCAGAGUCAUAACGAUGCAUCUCUUCAUCAGGGCACUUACAGGAAACGGUUACGUGCAACAGCAAACCAGAGCAUUAUUUGGUUCGUCACUGGUGACCUUUGUGUCCCCUGGAGGAAACCGACAAUUUAAGAAGCAUUGAUUUGUGACGUAAUCUAAGUGUAGAAUGCCUCACUGAUGUGAUCAUGAAUGACCACAGUGCAUUAGUAGGUUUAAUGUUACCUUGGACCCUCCUUGUUUGUGAUUAUAAAUCAUGGCAUUUUCAUUGAUUGCUUUCUUUUGCCUCAACCGAAGUGACAUUAAAAUGAUGUGCCUCCAUUAAAUACAGUUCAGGGCCUUUAACUAUAGGUACUUUGCACUAUACAUUAUAGAAUAUGCACGAUGUACGUGGCUUACGUGCAUGUACCCAAAGAUUCUAUUACGUUUUUGGAACAAAAAUGUAUAGUGUUUUCAUUUCUUUUGGAAAAUUAACAAAUAAAGUGAUACAAAAACGAUCAAA